ACGACCAUAGUGAUGGUAGCCAUGAAGAAAUUCACGGUAGUGGCUACAGCUUUUAUGCUUAUUGUUUAUGUUGUCCAUGGCAAUGGAGUAAAAUCGUCGACAGAAAACAUAAACAGCGGAAAACCUACAACUUCUCAACCACCAUCUGUUCAAGGAUGGGUUGUAUUCUUAAACCAAGGAAUGACGCUACUGCCGAGCUAUAUGACUUUAGAAGAACUACUUGGUACGAUGGGCAUGAUUCCAACGCUAGACGAAAAUACAUUUGGAAUGAUUCUUCAAAGUUUAAACAUAGAUGUACCGAACUCUUCAGAACUUACUAACCUGGUGGCAGUUUUGAAAAACCUUUUGAAGAUAGUCUCUUGGGGAUCUACACAACUUCCGGACGGCAACAUUGGCGAUCUAGUCAGUUUGAUAUCAACGAUGGACGAACAAAGCCUGGAUUUAUUACUUCAGAGUUUGAACGUAGAUAUGUUAAGCUCUACACAAUUUUCUGAUGCACAGAGAAUCCUACAAGAUUUAAUAACAUCCGUUCAUGGACAGUCGACCACUGUAAACAUAAAAAGCGGACAGUCUACGACUUUUCAGCCACCAUCUGUUCAAGGUUGGGCUGAAUUCUUAAACCAAGGAAUGAGCCUAUUGCCGAGUUCUAUGACUUUAGAGGAACUGCUUGGCACGAUGUCCAUGAUUCCGUCGCUGGAUGAACAAACCUUCGCGGCAAUGCUUCAAAGUUUAAACAUCAACGUACCGAAUUCUUCAGAACUCAGCAACGCGAUGACGGUUUUAGAAGGUCUCUUAAGCAUAGUAACAUGGGGAUCCUCACAACUUCCAGGAGGAAAUGUAGGCGACCUGGUCAAUUUGAUAUCAAAUAUGGACGAAAACAGUCUACAGUCAUUACUUCAGAGUUUGAACGUAGAUACAUUAAGUUCUUCACAAUUUGCCGAUGCCUUGGCGAUUCUACGAGAUUUGAAAAAAUCAGUAUCCGAUGGGAAUGACCUACCUCCUAACGGGGAUUUAAUUGAUAUUCUUAAUAUGAUAUCUACGAUGAACGAAAAAGAUCUGCAGUUAUUACUUCAAAGUUUGAACAUUAAUAUGUUUGAUCCUUCAGAAAUUAGCGGAGUAUUGACUGGUUUGAAAACUUUACACAGUCUAAUAUCUUCAGGUAAUAUCCAAGUUCCUAACGGUGAUAUUGACAAACUUCUCCAUAUGAUGACAACUAUGGACGUACAAAGUUUGACGUUAUUUCUUCAAAGCUCAAACAUGAACGGUAUCGACCCUUCCGAACUUAAAGACGCGUUGGCUCUUUUACAAACUUUACACAGUUCAACAUCUGGCGAUAAUUCCCAAGGAGCCGAAGACACGGAUUCCAACUUGAUAGACAAUGUGGACUUAGCUGUAGUAAGUCCCGAAUGUAGUGUCGCUCUCGGUGAACUUGUUUCGGAAGCGAUAGGACAGAGUCAGUGGGCACUAAAAAUGAUUGAUUCCUGGGGAAAACUACCAUCCGGUGUCUUGGACGGAAAUAAUAACUUGCUUGGUUCAUCCGAUCAGUGUUUAGCUAUAGAGUCAGAGACCAAGGGGAAAACCACCUUUCCAAUUAACUACUGUGUCUCUGGUUUCCAAUUUGAAAACAUGGUCAUUCCUAUCAUAGGAAUGUGUGUACCGAAGAUGUGUACUGAAAAUGAUGUUAAAAAUAUCACCAGUUCAAUGUUUCGUGAAAUCCCGAUGGACAUACCAUUAAGCCUUAACUACGCCCGAUGCAAGAAGGAAAGUGUAUACGAUAUAAGUACUAUUGUAGGAAUAUGUGUGUGUUCUAUUUUCCUGGCUUUGAUGGUAUUUGCGACCUUUUAUGAUGUGUUCAUCCUGAGUCCAAAACUACAAACCAUGGACAAGCAAUUGGUUACAGCGACGAAGGAAAUUAUCAAACACACUACCAAUGAUUUAACUUUUGUCUCAGUGGAGAAUAAAGAGGGCUGUCAACAGACAGAGGUAGAAACCAAUACAAAGAUCGACACCAUAAAGACAAAAGACAGCCACCCCACAAAAACAGAAUAUGACGAGCACUGGAACAAGAAAAUGUCUAAGCAUUCGGGUUUGUGUGUAAAGAUAUUUCUGUCCUUUUCUGUGUGGAGGAAUGGGAGGAAAUUGCUUAGUACAAAGCAGGCGACAGGAAAUAUAGGGGCGAUCUCCGGGAUCCGCUUCAUGUCUCUGGCAUGGAUCAUCUUUGUACAUGGUUUUUUCUUUAGUGGCACUCUGAAAAGGAUUGUGAACGUGUUUCCAUUUGCAAAGCAUGCGCAGGAACACCCAACGUACAUGGCAGUCGUCAAUGGAGCGUUGGGGGUAGAUUCUUUCUUUGCCCUGAGUGGUUUACUGGUGUCCUACUUUUUCAUGAAUGAGAUGAAGAGACAGAAAGGUCGCAUUAAUUGGUUCAUGUUCUACUUCCAUAGAUUCUUGCGGUUGACCCCAACGUACAUGCUUGUGAUAAUGUUUGAAGUUUCAUUCUUCCGGUACACUGGCGAUGGCCCAGCGUGGUCGUCAGAGGAAGUAUGGACGGAUUUUUGUAAAGAAUCCUGGUGGACUAACCUACUUUAUGUGAACAAUUUUGUCAAAAGAGACAAACCGUGUUUAGGCUGGACAUGGUAUCUGGCAAGUGACAUGCAGCUCUACAUCAUCAGUCCUCUCCUGCUGGUCCCACUUUAUUUCUCAAGAAAGAUCGGAGCAGUUGUCAGCGCAAUCUUUCUGAUAGGAGGACUUGUAGCUAGUGCCAUUUCUACAAUCCGUUUUCCACCUUUGUCGUCAUCAUUAACUAUGCCAGGACAAAAACCUGAUACGCAGGUGGAAAACUUUUAUAAAAUGAAAGACAACUUCAACGAAUACAUCAAACCGUACAGUCACAUAGGACCCUACGUAUUGGGGAUUGUGACGGGUUAUAUCCUCUUCAAAACUAGAGGCAAAUGCAGGAUCAAUAAGCCCUUGAACCUUUUCAUCUGGAUAGUUAUGGCAUCCCUUGUUUCCUUGACAGUGUACGGCCUUUACGAGGACUUCAGAGGUAAUCCUGUAAGAUUUGAGAUUAUAGUCUUCUACUGUACUGUUCGCAGCACCGUGUGGGGAGCCUGCAUCUGCUGGAUCGUAUUUGCAUGUGCAACCGGAAAUGGAGGAUUUGUGAAUACACUUCUGUCGUGGAGUCCGUUCAUCUCCCUCAGUCGGCUUAGCUAUUGUGCCUACCUUGUCCAUCCUUUGGUCAUUAUGGCAUAUUGUUUAUCUACACGAGAAGGAAUAUAUGCGAGGGACUACAACAUGGUAUACAUGUUCAUUGGAAAUCUGAUCAUGACGUUGAUGGUGGCUUUUGUAACCUCCCUUGCGUUCGAGUCCCCGAUCAUUGGACUAGAAAAGGCAAUCCUCAGAAGGAACAAGAAGAACAAAUAACUGACGGAAAAUAAACACACACACACACACACACACUCACACACACACACACACACACACACACACACAAAUACAAUCAAAUGUUAUAUUGGACACUUGUGAACAACUUAGGUCAAAUAGGUUGAAUACACAUGAAAACAAUGAAUAAUCAUAAAAGAUAUCUAUAACAUUACACUUUUAUCAAAAAUACAGUUAAGAUACUUCUAACCAGCAAUCUUAUUUCUACACGUUUCGUUCUGAAACGAAUCUGCCUAUUCACAAUAGAGAUUAUUGUAGUUUCGUAAUACUGUUUUAAACUGCAAAUAUAUCUUUUCUGCCAGUUUAUCAUUUCGAUAAUUUGCUAAAAUUAGGUUGUUACCUAAAAGUAAGUAUAAAGUGUAUCACUAAAAUUGGAGACCUUAGAAAUCCAUAUUAACACAUUGACGGAAAUACACUGUAUUUUAUGAAGUAUUUAUUUUGGCGCACUCCAAUUUUAGUGCUGAACUUCAUUCAAUCAAUUAGCGCAAUGAUCAAAUGGCGCACACACAGUAUUUGUCAAAGAAAAACAGAUCACAUAAAUGUCAGUUAUCGCAUUUAUUAUUUAGCUGAAGAUUUUGAAAGUACCUUUUAAAAUUUUAAACAUUAUAUUUUGAAAUUUUACAUUUUAAAAUAUACGUUGACUGUAAACUUGUAUCGAUAUUGUCAUAUUCACAUUAGAUGUAUUUUCGAGUGUACUACUUAUGUGGAGAUUUCCAUGCGUUUUUCUAUAAAUUCAAUACAAAUUAAUCGAACAGAAAUAUCAUCAUUAACCGAAAACUGAAUAUUAACAAUACAAAGCUUGUAUUAUCACACAACAUGAUGUUUAAACGUAAUUAUAUUUUGUUUGAACGUGGAAUUAUGUAAAUCAAAACUAUUUUAAGUAAUUGUGGAAUGCGUAUUUGUUUUAAAUUUGCCAAAUGUAUCAGGCAGGGAAAUGAAAUUAAAAGGUCAUUAGGCGUUAUUGAAACCGAA